GAUGAGCUGAACUAUGAGCUAGAUCCAAGAGGGGAUAUUAUCCUCGUCUUGGAUAAUGUGUCUAAGGAUUUACCGAACAAUUUACGGGACAUCACUAAGCUAUCGGGCUGGCCAAAUGGGCUCAAUAACCCCGCACCCCCCGAAAGCAAUCAGAAUAAAAGCAGGAAACAAGCAGAUGGGGUAAUUCCAGACAAUGAGAUAGGCUCAACCCAUGCUCCUAAAUGUGCGCAACAGCGCCUUUUGCAGAUCCAUGCAUCGUCAAAACAUCUGAUAUUAGCCUGCUCACAAUUCGAAAGAUCACUACAGGCUGCGUUUCAGGAGGGAACCGCGCUCAGGGCCACAGGAUGUGUAAGAUUUUCUGUACAGGAUUGGGAGGCGAUACCCUUUCUAAUCCUGAUGUUGAUUAUCCACCAUCGAACACGAAUGGUGCCUAGGGAAGUCUCCUUCCAAAGGCUAGCGGAGAUCGCGCAGUUGGUUGAUUACUAUGAAUGUUAUGAGGCAGUGGAACUGUUCUCAGAUUCAUGGCUCGUUAAAUUGGGUAUCAGAUCUGGGAUUCCCAAAUCAGUGGAUAUGGCCACGAAAUGUCUUUUUAUAUCCUGGGUGUUUAACGAGGCCCCAGCAUUUCAAGUUGCCUCUAAGUACCUAGAAUCCAGGAGCACAAGCGUAAUUAGCUUCAAUCAACUCCCUGUCCCUCACGCUAUACAAGAUGCGAUCAACCGCUCUCGACGAGCGUUGAUUACCAGAAUUAUUGAGUCUAUGGAUAAGAUUUUCUCAGAGCUUCGAGACAGUCCUAAACAAUGUUCUGAGAGGUGUGACUGUGCGCGACUUGGCGCGCUGACGAAAGGAAUGCAUCGAAUUGGAAUUCUAUCACUGAGC